AUGGAAGGCCAUAGAAGAGGAAGUUGGAAAGCUACUCGACGUCGGCUUCAUCCAAGAGACCUCAACCAAGCCUGCCCCAAGGACAGUUUUCCUUUGCCAAGGAUAUACCACCUCAUUGACGCCAUUGCAGGGUUCGAAUUACUCAACUUCAUGGAUACUUUCUUUGGAUAUAACCAAAUAAGGAUGCACCCGGACGAUGAGGAGAAGACUUCAUUCAUCACCGAGCAUGACACAUAUUGCUACCGAGUGAUGCCCUUUGACCUCAAAAAUUCCGGGGCCACCUACCGACACCUUGUUAACAAGGUGUUCAAAGAUCAAAUGGGGAGGAACGUCAAAGCCUAUGUGGAUGACAUGGUAGUAAAAAGCCUAAAAGUUGAGGCUCAUAUCUCGGACUUAGCCGAGACCUUUGACACUUUGCGAAACUACAACAUGAAGCUUAAUCCCAACAAGUGUGCCUUUGGUGUCACAUCAGAAAAAUUUUUGGUCUUCGUUGUCACUUAG